GUAGCGAAGGCAGCUCCACCCGGCCUGAGCAGUGCUAGCACCUUCCCCAGGAGACCGUUGCAGUUCUCCAUGGUAACCAUGUGCGAUCGAAAGGCCAGGAUAAAAAAUGCGGACAUGUCAGAAGAGAUGCAACAGGACUCAGUGGAUUGCGCUACUCAGGCGCUGGAGAAACACAGCAUAGAGGACAUUGCGGCUCAUAUCAAGAAGGAAUUUGACAAGAAGUACAAUCCCACCUGGAGUUGCAUUGUGGGGAGCAACUUUGGUAGUUACCUGACACAUGAAACCAAACACUUCAUCUACUUCUACCUGGGCCAAGUGGCCAUUCUUCUGCUCAAAUCUGGUUAAA